AUGAGCGACACACUUGAAGCGGCGCCGCCGCACGAUACCUUCGACACCGUGCUCGUCUUGGAUCUAGGAUCCCAGACCAGUCAUCUCAUCUUGAGACGGCUGAGAUCUCUUGGAGUGUACUCUGAGAUGUUACCCUGCACCCAAAAGCUCAAAGAUCUGGCUUGGAAACCCGUUGGGAUUAUUCUCAGCGGAGGCCCGUCAAGCGUGUAUUCCCCCGACGCCCCGAGCGUGGAUCCGCUGGUGUUCGAGCUCGGCGUUCCAGUGUUAGGGGUUUGUUUUGGCAAUCAACUGAUUGCAUGGCGAGUAAACCCACGCAAUGUAGCGCCCGGCGUGAACCGUGAGUACGGGGAAACCUCGAUGGCCAUCCACAAGAUUGGCAGCCAUGCCGAUCGGCUUUUCGCGGGAUUGGGAGACUCUUUGAACGUUGUAAUGAGUCACUUUGACAAGGUCGUUCAUCUACCCGACGGCUUCAAGACCAUUGCCACCACUAAGAACAGCGAGUUUGCUGGCAUUGCUCACGAGUCUCUGCCUAUCUUCGGCAUCCAAUUCCACCCUGAGAUCUCGCACACAGAGCGGGGGACUGACAUUAUCGCCAACUUCGCUCUCAAGAUCUGUGGUGCCCGAGCGGACUGGAAAAUGGACAACUUCUCAGAGAGGGAAAUCGUUCGGAUUCGGAAACUUGUCGGCGACAAGGCACAGGUUAUUGGCGCCGUUUCUGGGGGAGUCGACAGCACUGUAGCCGCCAAGCUGCUGACAGAAGCUAUUGGAGACCGCUUCCAUGCGAUUUUGGUGGACACUGGUCUGAUGCGUCUGAAUGAAUGCGAGCAGGUUAAAGAAACCUUAGAUAAGCAUCUGGGGAUUAACCUCACCGUGGUGGACGGAUCCAAGCUUUUCUUCGACCGUCUUGCAGGGAUCACGGAGCCUGAAGCCAAGAGGAAGAUUAUCGGAGAGACUUUCAUUGACCUCUUUGAAAUCGAGGCACUCCGUAUAGAGAAAGAAGCAGAGAACACAACGCGUGCCGGAAAGGUUGAAUGGUUCCUUCAGGGAACACUGUAUGCGGAUAUUGUGGAAAGCUUGAGUUUCAAGGGAGCCGCCAGUUCGACAAUCAAAUCUCAUCAUAAUGCCGGAGGACUUCCUGCUCGCAUGCAAAACGGCGACGCACAUCUGAAGCUCCUUGAGCCGCUUCGAGAGCUUUUUAAAGACGAAGUGCGGGAGUUCGGACGGCAACUGAAGAUCCACGAGGAGCUCAUUGGGAGACACCCCUUCCCGGGCCCGGGUUUGGGUAUCAGGAUUAUCGGCGAAGUCACCCGCGAGCGAGUCGAAAUUGUGCGCAAGGCGGAUCACAUCUUCAUGUCUAUGAUCCGAGAGGCCGGGAUUUAUGACGAGGUCACCCAAGCCUACGCCGCACUUGACACAAACAGAGCCGUUGGUGUACAGGGCGAUGCCAGGGUCUAUGGCUACAUUUGCAUUCUGCGAGCCGUAACCAGCUUGGAUAUGAUGAGUGCCGAGCCAUACGAAUUCAAGUGGAGUCUCAUCAAGGCCAUUAGCAGGCGGAUUGUGAACGAAGUAGACGGCAUCGCGAGGGUGGUAUACGACACCACGUCAAAGCCUCCAGGUGAGAGCCUCCUUUAUGCUUCUCUUCUUUCGCAUGCUUGUGAUAUUGACAGAGGCCGAUAG